CUGAGAGCACAAGGAGCGCGGACAAUGAUGAAAAGGCGCGCAUUUUGCCUUGAAAGGGAGCUCUGCGGACCAAACGAGCAUAUAUCAUCAGCACAAUCCUUUUUUGCCAGAUGUGGUCAUGUCAGAAAGAAGACAGAUCCCUCGCGCAGGUAGCUCGUCGUGGGGAGACCAGCAGCAAGCAUUGCCGUCGCGUGUACUCUCCGACCAAGGCGAGCUCUCCAUGUCUUGGUGGAGACGCUGCAUAGACAAGUCACAUAUGCCUUUUUCCGAUCGAAUGCGCUGGAUGGGCCUUCCCAAUAAUCGAGUUUGCUUUGUAGCCCCUGUAGCAAGUCAAUCCGAGGACAGAAUUACAGCUGCCCUUCAGCCCUUGCCUUGGGAUGGCAGCAUAGCCUUAUUCCGUCGCAUUUCUAGCCCCCCAGAUGAUUGGAGAGCCUUCUUCCCCACGCUAGCAAGUGCGGACCCUUUGCAAGGGAUGCUUCCACCUAUGCCACCAAGUUGACAUGAUAGCGGCCAAUCCCUCCGCGACAAAGGCGAUGGCAGUGUCGCUGGGACGCUCAUUAGCCCGUCGCCUGACUUACCCAGCAGCUGGUAGCA